UUGGGCUCCUGAGUAGAGUGGAUCACCCUUUUUAAUUUAACACAAUGUACAGGAAAUUGUGUACGGUGCCAAAGGCCUAUGUAUAUCCAAUAUGAAAAACAUACAGCAUUAAAGCUGAUCCCCACAAAAAAAAAUUGCAGUCAGAGUGCCGUUUAACUGCAGUUAUUCUGCAAUUACUGCAUCCAAAAUACCACAGUUGACUGCAGUUACUACACUUUUACUGCAGUUUCAAAACGUCAAUGUUUUUUUGUAAAAUUAUAAAUUAUAGGAGUAGACCUACACACACAACAAAACAUUAUUGACCAUUUAGGCUUGAAAAGAAGAAGACAAAUCACAAAAUAUCUUAUAGAAAUACUUUACAUUAUUGUUUGUAUGAUAACGUGUCCAAAAUGUAUUAUGAUAAUUGUGCACAUUUUCCAUCAUUUUAUUUUUUAACCUAAUUAUCAAUUUACAAAGCAUACAGGACGGAACUCUUAUUCUGAAGUAGCCUAUUCCAAAAAUCCGUGACCCGAAAGUGUUGUUAUUCUUGCCUGUUUCACAACGGUAUGUGUCGUCACCAAAACACUUCAAGUAAAGAGUGGAAACGGUGCAAAUAGUAACGAAAACCACUGACAGCAACAGCCUGAACACUUCAUUUUCUACCGAUAUUCCUGGGAACGUUACAGAUAUCAACACAACGUAUCGCCGAGGACUCUAGUCUUGUUUAUUGUAUAGAUUAGCGAAAACUUAAUCGUACUGCAACGUUGUUUACCCCCUGUUGGACUGUAGCUGCUAGCUAGCCUAGCUGGCUAAUUCCCUGUAUCCGUCCUGGUCGGGACUGCAUCGAAAUGUCCUGCUGCCUGUUCGAGUACUGUCGGGUCCAAGAACUCAAAGCAGUCCGGGAGUUCUUGUUCCAGAGCCAGCAAAACAACAAUUCCUCGGCGGACAAGAAAGGAGAGAAUGAGCUGGCCUGGGACGACUCCAACUGGGGGUCAUGGGAUAACCCUGAGGCCAAAGAAGUUGGAAGUGGGGAAACCACGGGGGUGGAGGAGGACACUGCAGCAGUCAGCGCCCCCUGGCUGCAGGACUGUGUGGUGUCUCUGUCUCCCUGCUCAGACCUGAUGGUCGUCGCCAAAGGCAGCAAGGCUGUGUUUCUCUCAGCGAGGUGGCAAACCGAUGACGGAGGCAGAGAGGGGAUGACGCUGGCUGUGUCCUGGAGUGGAACUCUCAGCACCAACGAGGGGGAGAGUGUGAGCAACGUCAUCUGUAUACCUUUGGCCAGCCAGAAGAGGAGUUCCACGGGUCGACCAGACUGGACAUGUGUUGUCGUGGGCUUCUCAUCUGGCUAUGUACGCUUCUACACCGAGAGUGGUGUCCUACUCCUAGCCCAGCUGUUGAAUGAGGACCCUGUCCUGAGGCUCAAGUGUCGCACUUAUGAGAUCCCCCGCCACCCCGGUGUCACCGAGCAGCAUGAGGAGCUGAGUAUCCUUUACCCAGCAGCCCUGGUCACCAUCGACGGCUUCAGUCUCUUCCAGUCUCUACGGGCCUGCAGAAACCAGGUGGCUCGAGCGGCGGCAGCAGGCAGUGAGGUGGUCCAGCCUCCUCCUCUGGCCUAUAAGAAGUGGGGUCUACAGGACAUGGAUGCUAUCGUAGACCACAGCAGCGUGGGUAUAAUGACCCUGUGUGUGUUUGACCAGAUGAGGAAUGCGUCUAUCCUGGGGGGUUUCCAUGCCUCUGUGAAGGGCAGCCUCCCCGCCAUGAGUCAGUACAUAACUGUGGGGGGAGGACCCUACACAGGCUUUUACUAUGCCAUAGAGGGCAGCUCUCAGCCUCUCCUCUCCCACGUUGCUCUGGCUGUGGCCAGCAAACUCACAUCGGCCUUAUUCACCGCCGCCAGUGGGUGGCUGGGGUGGAAGAAACAGAAUGAGGAGGAGCCAACUCAGAAACAGAAGCCUAAGGUGGAACCGGCCACGCCCCUGGCAGUCAGGUUUGGUCUCCCAGACUCACGGCGUCAUGGGGAGUCCAUCUGUCUGUCCCCCUGUAACACUCUGGCUGGGGUCACGGACGACUUUGGCAGGGUCAUGCUGCUCGACGUGGGGAGAGGCAUCGCCAUCCGCAUGUGGAAGGGCUACCGGGACGCCCAGCUGGGUUGGGUACAGGUGUCUGAGGGGAGGGGCGAGUCCUCCCCGGCCGCGCCCCUCCCACGGCGCCAUGCUCAGUUUCUGGUCAUCUACGCCCCCAGGAGAGGCAUCCUGGAGGUGUGGGGCACACAGCAGGGCCCCCGAGUAGGAGCCUUCACUGUCGGGAAACACUGCAGGUUGCUGUAUGCAGGCUACCGGCUGAUGGGGGUGAACAGUGUGACCAGUCAAGGCUGGCAGCUCCACACACAGCAGGUGUGUCUGUUCGACCCUGCUACUGGAGCACUACGCACUGUCACUGUCCCCUUCCAUCUGGCCCUCAGUGAUAAGAAGAGUGAGAGAGCAAAGGAUCUGCACCUGCUGAAGAGACUGACCACACUACUGAAGAGCAGAGAGUUGGAACCAGAUUACCUGGAGAGCGAGGCCCAGCGUGUACUGCUGGACAUCAAACACCCUGCCAUUAAGAAACAGGCCCUGGAGUCUCUGCUAGCCAAUAAAAAUGCUCCAGUCUCCUGUCUGACCAACAUCACCCGACUCUUACUGGCUAGUCUCAGGGGGAAAGACCCUGAGGCGGUAGAUGAAGCAUUGCUCCAGUUGUGUUCCUCCCAGCUGAAACUGCUCCAGCUCUACACUGACAUCCAACAGCUGCACUCUACUGUGGAGGCUCGCACAGAUGCACACACUAAACCUAUGGAGGUUGCCGGUGUAGAGGAGGAACUAGCCCGUGUCUCCCUCAUCCUGCAGCGCUACACCGAGCUCACCUCCGGCUCCCGCCCCUCCGUCUCAUUUGCCCAGGACUCCCCUGACGCAUCACUUCCUGUACGCGGCUUCCUGUCCCAGAUGGAGUGUGAAGGAGAGGAGAUCAGGGUGGUCCCAGGGCCUGACGCAGACUGGACACAACUGGGGAGCUUUCUGUUCUGGGGCUGUCUGAUAGGAGACAGCCCUCUACAGAAAGUCUGUGACACACUACAGGAGACCGGCAUCAGCCCACAGCAUUUACUGUCUCUGCUGCUGAGUGUAUGGCUGCACAGAGAGAAGGAAGUAUUGAAGAAACCAAAGGCCGUCAGACACCUACACACACUCCUCACUGCCCUCAGCUCCAUGAAAGGUGCGGUGGAGUCGUCGUGGGACAUGCAGUGUGUCCCCUGGUGGCAGCAGGUGCGGUCUGCGUGUGUCCAGUCACACAGUGCUGCUGCUGCCCUGCUGGCUGCAAUAGUGGCUCACCGUGCUGCCAAGGAUAGCAUCACCAGCCUGGCUGAGACUAAGUUUCAGUCAGAGUGGGAGGCGGUGUCAUUGGAGCUGGAGCAGUGGGCGGUGUGUGUGAGACAGCUGGAGGACGUGCUGGCCCUGCAGACGCUGCUGUGUGUGGCGCCUCUUAAAGGAACACCAGGGGGCGCCACACCACACUGCUCAGUCAAAACCCUGCUGGAGGGGGGCCGAGGUGGUAUAGCAGACAGUGUGGCUAAGUGGGUGUUCAGGCAGGACUUGGCCCCUGAGCGGCUGAAGGACAUGCUGCAGAGGAGGGGGGAGGCCCAGAGAACAGAACAGCCCUCCCAGCCAGUGCUGAGGGAGAAAAGCCAGGAGGAUGCAGACUUCAAUAGGGCAGCAGAGCUGCUGGUGUCUGUGUGUCAGCGUUUCCCAGACUCCCUCUCUCCUGACCUGCUCUUUGCCCACUGUUGCUGGGAGUACGUGGUGCAGUGGAACAAAUACCCAGAGGAGGGGCGGUAUCUGUGUUGUGCAGUGGAACACCUGAAGCUCGUCUCUAGUCCUCACAUCCAACUGGGCAUCUCCUCAAUGAUGUGGAACACGUUCAUCGUUAAACGUUUCUCAGCUGCUGCUUUCCUUAUGGAGAAGGUGGGGAAGGCCCCUAAAGACCGCCUGUGUCGACGGGAUGUGGGAAUGGGAGACGGUGCCACGACAUCAUUCCUGGGCUCCUGUGUUGCACUGCUACAGAUUCUGAUGGAGGCAGACUCAGGGAUAGAAGAGGUGACCCCUCCAGAGCUGUGUGUGGAGGAGGUGUGGGAGGGAGCGGAGGGUCCUGCCUCCAUAGUAGAGUUAGCCCUGGAGCAGAGGGGAAUCCACUACCCCCUUGUACAACACCACUGUCUCCUGGCCACUCUACUACACACUGCUAUGACCUUCAACCUCCGGGUCAAACCACUCAGUCUGUUCGACAGCAAGGGUAAGAGUGCCUUCUUCAGAGAGUUGGUGUCCAUCCAGCUGAUGCCCAGCGGAGAUAUGGACCCUGGACUGGUCUCUCUUAGACAGGAGUUCCUGCUCAGGGUGUUGACAGGCUGGGUGAAGACCCAGAGUGAGGCAGGGAUGGCUCCUGCAUCCACCCGGCUGGACCUUGACUCAGGGGACGAGACGUGGCCCUCUCUGUGUCUGGACCUGGGGACCCUGCUGCAAGUCAACCCAGACAUCCUGCGCAGACACCUGGUGUGUGAGCUGUACAACCACGGCCUGGACCCCCGGGCAGAGCAGGUGAUGUUGGAGGUGGAGGAUAAGGACGUGUUGGGUUCUCAGCUGUUGGUUCUAACAGGCCAGAGGCUGAGCUACUCCCUGCUUCACACCCAGACCCAGACCAAGCCCGCCAUGGAGCUGCUGGCACGCCUCCCCCCCACACUCUGCACCUGGCUCAAGGCUAUGGAUCCCAGUGAGCUGGUGUGCCUGUCGGUGCCCCUGAGCCAGACCAGCAGGCUGGUGAGCCGCCUCAUAGAGAUCCUACCUGAGAACCACGGCCAGUACAGCCUGGCACUACACCUACUGGAGGCUGUGGAGGUCCUGCAGGGAGAGGACUGAGUGAGAGGGGGGAGGAGAGCAAGAGGCUCAGGAAGAGAGAUGGCCUGUGUGCAAUUCCGUUCCUGCUGUCAUUGCUAGCAUCCAGGAUAGGAGUGAGAGAGUAAACUGUUGAAGUAGGAAAUAUAUAGGAUUAUACAACUAUCAUGUACAGGAAGGAGAUGUCAGGGAAAUGGCCACCCUGUUUGAGAGGAGGCUCAUGUGUUCAGUUGAAAAAAUCUAAUUGUAAAUGAAAGAUGGAGGGAUAAUUGUUUUGUUUGACGUCUGCAUUUCUGAAGGGGAUAUGCUACAUGAGCAUGGUGUUAUGUAUCCAUUUGUUUUUGUCACUUCCUACUUAUUUUUUUAAAAACUUUGUCUGUCAGCUAUACCUAGCAGCCCCUGUACUGCCCAUUCUAACAGACUUAACGAUCCAAUCAAAGGGGGUUGCAGGGUGUGUUUGUGUGCCAUAUCAUUGUUUAGUAAGCAUCCCUUUCUCUUCACCUGUCCCUCAGAUGAGUAAUGAUGAUGUAUGAUAGACAGAAUGGAUGAUCUGGUUAUUUAUAGACGCUGCAGUACUGUACUAGCUGUGCCUGUACCCUCUGUACUGUUCUACACCCUGGCUGAGGAACCCCACUGGGGGCAGACAGAACAGGCUGAAUGCUCAGCAUAGUCUAGCUUUGGUCUCUUUCUCUCUGGGUCUGGGGUAAGGGCAGUCAACGCUGGUCAUGGUGGUACUUUGCAUUCCGUAUUCUCUCCGGACCAUUCAGGUAGACUGUUUAACGUUUUGCAAACAUUUGACCCUAAUGAGUUUUUUUUCUUGGAUUUGUACAGUAGCUCACUGACCUCAUCCAGAGGGUGAUGGGAAUCACCAACUAUUUGAUUACUGUAAGGUAGCGCAAUUCCCAACAUACCAUAUCUGGCUUCCAUGUGCAUUAUGUUGAUCAAUUUUCAAACUAAAGUAAAUAAUUAUUUAUUUAAUGAGUUUGGUAUAGGAGUAUUAUACAGAGGUUUGCAUUUACAAGUAAAAAUAUGGAAGAACAAUUACCCAAAACCAUAAUCAUCAUAGUUUGUUAAAAACGUCUUAGGGCUGAAAUCCCGUCAAAAAUCUCAUAAUUAAAAGUCCUCAAACAUACAUGUAUAUCUUAUACCGUUUUCAAGGUAGUCUUGUUGUUAAUCCCACCACAGGGUCCGAUUUCAAAUAGGCUUUACGGCGAGAGCACCACAAACGAUUACAAAAAGUCACAAAGAGAUCAAAUUAAUCACUAACCUUUGAUGAUAUUCUUCAGAUGACACUCAUAGGACUUCAUGUUACACAAUACAUUUAUGUUUUGUUUGAUAAAGUUAAAUAUUUAUCAAAAUAUGAGUUUACAUUGGCGCGUUACAUUCACUAGUUCCAAAAACAUCCAGUGAUUUUGCAUAGCCACAUCAUUCAACAGAAAUACUCAUCAUAAAUGUAGUUGAUAAUACAAGUUAUACACAUGGAAUUAUAGAUAUACCUCUCCUUAAUGCAACCGCUGUGUCCAAUUUCAAAAAACUUUACGGAAUAAGCAAACCAUGCAAUAAUCUGAGACGGCGCUCAGAAGAAAUAGUCACAAUAGCCGCCAUGUUGGCAUCAACAUAAACAAGAAAUUACAUGAUAAAUAUUCCCUUUGAUGAUCUUCAUUAGAAAGCACUCCAGGAAUCCCAGGUCCACAAUAAAUAUUUGUUUUGUUCGAUAAUGCCCGUUAUUUAUGUCCAAAUACCUCCGUUUGGUAUACAUAUCCAAACGCUCAUUCUGGUCAGAGUUACGACCGGACAAAAACUUCAAAAAGUUAUUACAGGUCGAAGAAACAUUUCAAACUAAGUACAGAAUCAAUCAUUAGGAUGUUUUUAACAUAUAGCUUUAAUAAAGUUCCAACCGGAGUAUUCCUUUGUAUCUUGAUGAGCAAUGGAAUGCAAGUGGAUACCAUGAGGAAUGAGCGUGAUCAGAAAAUGACUGACUGCCAGUCACCUGAUAGAUUCUGCUCUCAUUCAGUCCCACAACACAGAAGUCUCAUUCAAAUUUCUAUGGUUGACAUCUAGUGGAACCCCUAGGAAGUGCAACAUCAUUAAUAUCUCAAUGGGAUUUCAUUGGGAAGUGUGGUGAAUACAUACCAAGCUCAGAUUUCUCACUUCCUGUUUUGAUUUCUCCUCAGGAUUUUGCCUGCCAUAUGAGUUCUGUUAUACUCACAGACAUCAUUCAAACAGUUUUAGAAACUUUUGUGUUUUCUAUCCAAUACUAAUAAUAAUAUGCAUAUAUUAGCAACUGAGACUGGGGAGCAGGCCGUUUUACUUUGGGCAACUUAUUCAUCCAAGCUACUCAAUACUGCCCUCCAGCCAUAAGAAGUUUUAAUGAACUCAAACAUCUAUUCUUUACUUGUCACAUUAUGACUUCCAUUUCAACAUUAAACUUGAAUAAAAACCAAAGCACUCAGAA